CGACAGUCGGCGGGCAGCAGUUGCAGUGUGAGAGGGCUGCUGGACGCGAUCUGAGCAGAACAGUGGUGACUAGCGAGUGGAUACCAUGUCGCACAGAGGUCGGAUGGUGGACAGCGGCGAGGGGCCGCUCCCCUCAGCCGUUAGUGACUGCGCCCCAGUGACCCGCGGCACGGCCGCGAGGCCGAGCCGCUUCUUCGCGAGCGCCAAGCAGCAGCCGUCGGAUCACAACAAGUCGCUGCUGGACAGCGGUCUCGACUCUGGCUUCCUGUCGCAGGGCUGCCUCUCGGAGGAGGGUCUGUCACAGCGCUCCCUGAGCAGCGGCCCGCUGGAGCCGGCCGCCCCGCGCUGUCCCAAGGAGGCGGCCGCCACCGCCGGCGAGUCGCGGCUCGACAGCGGCCUCGACCUGGCCGACCGGCUGACGGGAGAGCUCAGUCAGUUGGAGCUCGCCGAAAAGUCGGAGCUGAGCGAGAGCGAGCGCGAGCUGUGGCAGGAGCGUUAUGUAACCACCCUGCGAGAGGCCUUCCAGGGAGACGACGACGGCGACACACAUCUUCACCUGGCGAUCAUCUACGGCCUCCGGAAGGUGGCCAUCUGGCUAAUACGGCUUGUGCCCCACCCGAGCUUCCUCAACCUGAAGAACAGCUACCAACAGACGCCGCUCCACCUGGCGGCACUGACCGGUGACUCGGAGCUGGUGCGACACCUGCUGGUGGCCGGUGCUGACCCGACUCUGCGCGACCGGCACGGCAACACGCCUCUUCAUGUGGCCUGCGAGCGCGGCGACCGCGGCUGCGUGCUCAACCUGACCGAGCCGGUGACGGCCAACGAGAUGCGCCAGGCGGCGUGCCGCUACACCUGCCAGCCGAGGCCGCUGGCCUGCGCUCAGCUCGACGAAUGGAACUACCAAGGUCUGAGCUGCCUCCACCUCGCCGUUGCUUCCCGUGACCGUGAAAUCACGGCGCACCUCAUCAUUCACGGAUGCAACGUGAACAUCACGGAGGGUAAGAGCGGCCGCACCCCGCUCGUCCUCGCCAUUGAAAUGGGCGACAUCGAGAUGCUGCGCUUCCUGGUCGAGGCGGGCAAGGCCGAGGUGAACAUCCCCACGUACGGCGGUCUCAGCGGCUACCAGCUGGCGCUGCUCAACGGCAGGAGAGACGUGGCCGAGCUGCUGCUCCACCUGGGCGCGCAAGUGUCGCCACUGCCUGACUCCGAGAUGGACCUCUCAUCGUCCGACUCAGAGUCUGAGAGCCUGAUGAAGGGCGACGAUGUCUACAGCGAGCUGCGACUACGUGGCCAGCCCCUGGUGGCAGCCCAAUGAACUAGUGGAUCGUUCUGAAACCGGGGGGUCGGGGACGCGACGGGGUCAAUUCGGGAGGGACGGGGAGGGUAUGUCGUUUGGGCGCCACCAGUCGAUUUUGACUGGUGUAUUUAAAGAAGACUAGAAUGUGCGCUGGCGCUGGACCGCAUUGUUGAACGAUAUUGUCAUUGUCUCAUUGUAAAUAGUCAUCAUCACUUGUAAAUAAUUCAUGUUUGAUGUCAAACUUGUAGUGGGCUCUGUUACUUGUGGACAUGUCCCAUGUUAAUACAUGUUGUAUGUUAUUGGCUGUUUCUUGGAGGCCGAACUGAGGAAUCACACCACCACAUAAAUCUUGGGCCAGAAACAUGCCGAAAACUAGUGAAUCAGGACUCAUGAGCGUGGUAGAUUGGUGCUUCUAGUAGAAGCCAAAAC